AUGGCGAACGCUAGCGAGCCGGGCGGCGGCGGCGGCGGCGGCGAGGCGGCCGCCCUGGGCCUCAAGCUGGCCACGCUGAGCCUGCUGCUGUGCGUGAGCCUGGCGGGCAACGUGCUGUUCGCGCUGCUCAUCGUGCGGGAGCGCAGCCUGCACCGCGCCCCGUACUACCUGCUGCUCGACCUGUGCCUGGCCGACGGGCUGCGCGCGCUCGCCUGCCUCCCGGCCGUCAUGCUGGCGGCGCGGCGUGCGGCGGCCGCGGCUGGGGCGCCGCCGGGCGCGCUGGGCUGCAAGCUGCUCGCCUUCCUGGCCGCGCUCUUCUGCUUCCACGCCGCCUUCCUGCUGCUCGGCGUGGGCGUCACCCGCUACCUGGCCAUCGCGCACCACCGCUUCUACGCCGAGCGCCUGGCCGGCUGGCCGUGCGCCGCCAUGCUGGUGUGCGCCGCCUGGGCGCUGGCGCUGGCCGCGGCCUUCCCGCCGGUGCUGGACGGCGGCGGCGGCGACGACGAGGACGCGCCGUGCGCCCUGGAGCAGCGGCCCGACGGCGCCCCGGGCGCGCUCGGCUUCCUGCUGCUGCUGGCCGUGGUCGUGGGCGCCACGCACCUCGUCUACCUCCGCCUGCUCUUCUUCAUCCACGACCGCCGCAAGAUGCGGCCCGCACGCCUCGUGCCCGCCGUCAGCCACGACUGGACCUUCCACGGCCCCGGCGCCACCGGCCAGGCGGCCGCCAACUGGACGGCGGGCUUCGGCCGCGGGCCCACGCCGCCCGCGCUCGUGGGCAUCCGGCCGGCGGGGCCCGGCCGCGGCGCGCGCCGCCUCCUCGUGCUCGAGGAGUUCAAGACGGAGAAGAGGCUGUGCAAGAUGUUCUACGCCGUCACGCUGCUCUUCCUGCUCCUCUGGGGGCCCUACGUCGUGGCCAGUUACCUGCGGGUCUUGGUGCGGCCCGGCGCCGUCCCCCAGGCCUACCUGACGGCCUCCGUGUGGCUCACCUUCGCCCAGGCCGGCAUCAACCCUGUCGUGUGCUUCCUCUUCAACAGGGAGCUGAGGGACUGCUUCAGGGCCCAGUUCCCCUGCUGCCAGAGCCCCCAGACCACCCAGGCCACCCUCCCCUGCGACUUGAAAGGCAUCGGCUUGUGAGGGGCUCUCCUGCCUCGUACGCCCCACCCGGCCUUUCCCUUUGGCUCGGACAGUGACGUCGUUUCUCUCUCUUCUGCCCCCUUAUUAAUUUUCUAAGCUGCCUUCAAAAUGACUCUCAAAGUGGUUAAGCACUUGGAUUGUACAGACUACUUUUUUCUUGGCGGGGGGGGGGGGGGGGGGAUGGGUUUCGAUGUUCCAGCCCCACCUCCAGCUCCGUGCAUUUGUCCUACUAAGUAUAUUUUCAUCCUGAACAAUAGGCCUUGGAGUCUUUGUACUGGUACUGACGUCUUUUAUUCCAUGUGUUCCUUUUUUUUUUUUUUUUUUUUUUUAAUAAAGCCUACACUAAUUUUCUUCAUGCAACGUUUCCUAAAGACCUUGGCCAGUUUUCUACAGAAGCUAUUUUUGACAACCUCAAGUGGCAUUACAUUUCGCAGUGAAGUAGAGGAACCUAGGGGACUUCACAAGUUUGAUUUCUUGAGGGUCUUCUGUGGGAAGCAGGAGAAAGGGGGGAGGGGAAAUUGUCGUCAGUUCCCCCUUGAGUUGCCGGCCGUGGGGUCAGUUGUGCUGCUCUGGUUCUUUGAAAGUGUUGAAAACUUUGUUCAGUAUCGGUAAUGAAUUUGAAGAGCAGAAAUGGGAGCGUAAAGUAGCGAGGCAGUGUUUUUUCAGCAGUGACAAGUGACCAGAUUUGUUUCCUACCUUCCUUUAUACUACUAGAAAAAUACACAUCAGCGGCAACAACUGCUCUCUGUAUUAUACCAAUCUUGAGUGGAAACAUUUCUGUAAAAUUGUAACUUUUAAAAAGAGUAAAAGUGUUUUGGUCAGUGAUGGUGUGGAGAAAAAAAAAAACCAGUAUUGCAUGUUUUUGUACUGAUUGUGGUUCACGGAUUGGGAAGGCUCUGGGAAGCAGAG